AUGGAUGGGGUCAGCAGGGCUGUGCUGGUGGAUGGGGUCAGCAGUGUUGUGCAGGUGGAUGGGGUCAGCAGGGCUGUGCUGGUGGAUGGGGUCAGCAGUGUUGUGCAGGUGGAUGGGGUCAGCAGGGCUGUGCUGGUGGAUGGGGUCAGCAGUGUUGUGCAGGUGGAUGGGGUCGGCAGUGUUGUGGUGGUGGAUGGGGUCGGCAGUGUUGUGGCGGUGGAUGGGGUCAGCAGGGCUGUGCUGGUGGAUGGGGUCGGCAGUGUUGCGGCAGUGGAUGGGGUCGGCAGUGUUGCGGCGGUGGAUGGGGUCGGCAGUGUUGUGGCGGUGGAUGGGACUCGGAGUCCCAGACAUUCCCAGAGCCAGCAGUCUGGACUGGCAGACCAGGCAGCCAAGUUACCAUUUGCAUCGGCGGAGUCCUUGGAAACCAUGUCUGAGGCUGAAGUCCCGAUUGGUUUUACCCGGUCCAACCGUUUCAGACAGAGCCUGCCCCUGUCCAGGUCCACCAGUCAAACCAAACUCCGCUCACCAGGGGUGUUGUUCUUGCAGUUUGGCGACGAAACCAGACGUGUCCACGUCACACACGAAAUUGGCAGCCUGGACACCCUGCAUGCUCUGAUUGUUCAUAUGUUCCCUCAGAAACUCACAAUGGGAAUGCUCAAGUCACCAAACACUGCAAUCCUCAUCAAGGAUGAGACGAGAAAUGUCUUUUAUGAACUGGAAGAUGUAAGGGAUAUCAAAGAACGAAGUAUAAUAAAAAUUUUCAGGAAAGAUCCUGUCUACGCACCAUAUCCUUCCCAUGCUUCCCACAUCGCCAAUGGAGAUCUGAGAGGACCAGGGGCAGACGUUAUCACUGAAGAGCAGCAGGCCUUUGGGUGCGGAAACACCCUCCACAGCCCAUGCCUGGUCUUGUUCAUGGGCACCUUGCUCAGGCCCAGGGGCAGACCCAUGUGGAGAGAACGGAUGGAAGCCAUGGAGAAGCAGAUAGCCAGUUUGACAGGAUUGGUACAAAAUGCACUUUUACGAGGGAAUGAAGGGGAACCUGCCAGCGAUAAAUCUGAAUCAAUAAACGGGAGCUCAGGCACUGGAACUGUUAGCCCCUCUGUGCGUAGCACUGUGACCAGCUCAGCAGCAGCAUCAACAUCUAUCAGCCACCCCACUGCCAUUACAAGGCUCCAGAUGCAGCUCCAUCUCCAUGACCUCCAGCAAAACGCCGGCGACCUCCGCAACCAACUCCAGCAGCUCCGUAAACUCCAGGUCCAAAGCCAAGACACCAUGAAGAACAUGAUGAAACGUUUGGAGUCCGAGAUAAGUAUCAGGGUGACAGAAACUCUGAGGAAGCAGGAGGACCCUCUCCAUCGCCAGCGUGCUCUGGUAGAGGAGGAGAGACAGAAGUAUCUGAAUGAUGAAGAGAUGAUUGUACAGCAGCUGAAUCUUUGCUCUUACAUUUUGAACAUGAAAUUAGAAGGAUUCCUAAUGCAAACAGAAGGAGAUCAUUCGAAUGAAACUCUUGGGAAAAUUCCUGCUCAGUUCCCCAGCCUGCAGAGUAAAAUGCGGGUGAUUCUCCGCGUAGAGGUGGAAGCAGUGAAGUUCCUGAAAGAGGAGCCUCACAGGUUGGAUAUCCUGUUGAAGCGAUGUAAGACUGUCACCGAUGCCCUUGCCACGUUGAAAAGCUGUUCGCCUUCCAACUCGGCCUAUUCCACAGAUACCUGCCAAAAGCGGUUCAGCAGACCCACAAGUGAGACCCUGAUGAAAGGAAUUGAGGAAGUGACUGCCCAAUUGCCGAAGCACUCGAGCACUGAAUCAUACUCCCGGAAUUCUGAAUUUGAAAUCCCGACCAGCCCGCCCUUGAAUUUCCAGGAACAGCACACGGCUGGGGUGAAAAUCUGGCAGAACCACAAUCCCACCGUGGCCCAGCUUACCCAGAAUUCCCCAGCUCAUGCUGCUCCUUUCCAGAAUCCAUCAGGAAUGGGCCAGGGGGUCAUAACCCACAACUCAUUGGAGGAGGCGCCAGUAGCACCAAGCAAGAGGAACAUGGACCAAACUAUCUCUGUGGAAGCAGCAGAGAGGGACUGGGAAGAGAAACGAGCCAGUUUGACUCAGUUCAGUAACAAAGACAUUAACCGUCUCCUCGAAGAGACACAAGUGGAGCUGAUGAAAGCAAUCCCUGAUCUAGGGUUUGCCAACAAACCAAAAACGGUCGCCAUGCCAACAGCUGAGUCGAAGCAGGCAAAACCUCAGCACGCACAGAAAACAGUGGCAAAGAUGGAUCCCAAUGGGCGAAGACACUCAGAGGAGCUGACAGUCCACAGAUAUCGAACAGAGAAACCCUCCAAAUCACCCCCUCCGCCUCCUCCGCGACGCAGUUUCCCGUCAUCCCAUGGGCUGACCACAGGAAGAACUGGGGAGGUCAUCGUUACCAACAAAAAAGAAUCAACCCUCAAGAAGGCUGACUCUGAUGAGGCUGAUGGACCAAGACCACAUGUCAAGCUCAGAAGGACCAUGUCUGAGGCCAAGCCUCCUUCGACACCACCACCAAUUGUGGCAUCGGCUGUUCGAGAUGAUGAAGAUGAAGAGGAUAGGAUCAUGGCUGAAUUGGAGGUUUUUCAGAGAAGCUCUGUGCCUUUCACAGGCUCAAACGACCAGGGGAUGGCAGCUUUCCCCACUCCAGAUCCCAGACCUUGCAGGGUUUCCCUACCAAGCACAGGACUGAAGGAAAUAGAUGUCCCAUGCUCCCCCAGCCCAUUACAGCUCUCUCAGAUUGUGUUCACUGAGCUGACAUCUGGUUCUUGUACUGAUGCUGUUGAAGUGACGGAGCAAGUGUCUGCUGAGGGAACAGCAUCAACAGACACACAUCAAAAGGCAGGUGACUGCAACAUGGAGAAUGGAGAAAUAGCCAGAAGAGACUUAGGCUCUAUACCGCCACAGGGUCACCUGGCUGUGUCCGGUUCUGAGGCCUGGACACAGUUUGUACCAUCUACAAUUGUGUUGGAAGAGUUCAUGAUGAUAGAAGCUGCCCUGACACAACCUGACCACACUCAAUCCCAAUCCCCUCCUCUGGAUGAGGAAAACUCCAAGGCGAAAGAAAUCCCAGAAGAGAUUCUGGAAAACCCUACAGCUGAGAUUUCCAUGGAUUGCACUGAGGACGCAUCCUGCAUUGGAGAUGCUGAAGAAAAUGUGGCUUUCAUAAUAACAGAGAACCAGAUCCAAGCCUUAUCCCAAAGGGAAGUCCAGGAAAUUGUGAGUGAGAAAGGUGAGGAUAUACACACCUGGAGUGUUUCUUCAGCAAACGACAAAAACUCUGAAGAUCCAUCUCUGGACCCUUCACAAGCUCAAGUGGAGGAAAAAGCAUCCCUUGCCUCGUUGGACAGUAAGCCAGUUGUUGUCAUAUUUGAAGAACCCAUGGACAUCAAAACAGCUUACAAGAGGUUAUCGACUGUAUUUGAAGAAUAUGAUGAAGAAUUUCAAACAGUGUUGAGAGGAAAAGACUCCAGUCAAGAAACACAAACGUUUUCAAUCCCAUUUGAGGAGCAAAUGGCAUCUUUGAUGUUGAAUGCUGUUUCUGAAGGAGUCGAUGAGGCUUCCAAGUCAGAAUCAACUGACUGUACACCUGUGAGUGAGUCAGAAGGAGAUCUGAAACAUGAUAAUAACACAGCUUCAGAAGAGAAACCUUUGCAUUCCGUUCCAAAUGUUACAUCUUCGGAGGCUGAAGAAUGGAGAAAUGGCAACUCAAAGAAUGUUAAGAUUCGGUUUCCCAAGCAACGGCUGAACGCAUUGACAAAAGCCAUCGAGUCAGGAUCAAAAACUGGAUGGAAAACCUUGCAAGUGGUUGUUUAUGAAGAGGAGGAAAAGAUAGACAAAGUAACAGGUGAAAAACAAAUGGAGGUGAAGAAGUACGAGCUCAACCAGAUCGAGCAGAACAAGGGCAGAUCGUCAAAAACACAAAACACAAGCACAGCCUUUGCCAGAACAGAGGAAAUCAAAAACAGUACUUACAAAACAAUGGACAGUCUAGAGGAAACCAUCAGAGAACUGGAGUCGACCAUCACCCAAAUCAGCCGAGAUCCAAGCAGUGACUUCAUAUUUACCAGAGAAUUGCUCAGUGGCCCCAGUGUCAGUGAGCCCAGAGAACAGCUGAUGGAUGAGUCCAGCAUGUGCCCUGCUGCUUACCAGCCUGAUGCGCUCGAAAUGGAAGAAGAUGUGCCAUACCUGAUGGACCAACCAUCCAGCUCGACAAGGAGCACGUCUCCAAGUUCGAGAGUCAAACCGCCCCUGCUCCCAAAGCCCCAGCUCCCACCGGCAGAAGUAAAGGUUCCAGUUUCAUAUCUUUACCUUGCAAACUUCGCCCACUGCUUCCUCUGGGCCUCACUCUCGGCUCGAUCCUCUCCUGUUGUCUCCUGGCUGUUUGACACACACAAUCAUCCAGUUCACAGUGAAUCCUAUCACAAUCCACUGCUCUCAUUUCUUAAACUGUCUGCUCUGCCUGCAAAGCUUGGGUGACUUGCUACUUUUAUUUUUCCCAAAUUUAGAUUUAGUUUCUCUCUGAUUCCUUCAGA